AUGGCUACAUCAAUCGUUUCAUCUCCGGCGCCGUACCACAUCAUAUCCUACGGGACAUUGUUGGGGACUUCGUUCUUCCACUCUUUCAUCAACGGGCCCGUCAUGUUCAAGACAGUCGAGCGACCGGUGUUCUCGGCUGUCCAAAUCAAGCUCUUCCCCAUCUACUUUGGCCUGCAGACAUUGCUCCCAGCUGUCUUGGCGCUCACUUUCCCUGGUGACACACUCGCUGGCGUCUCGUCCGGAAUAUCCGGUCUUCUGGCACCGGCUAGUCGAUGGCAUUCGCUUGCACCAAUCGCCACCAUGUUCGUUACCGGAUUGGUGAACCUGGUGGUUCUCCUUCCUGCAUCGGCCCAGACUAUGAAAGACCGCCGUGGACAAGCCAAGCGCGACGGAAAGGAGUGGUAUGAGCCUGGCCCACAUUCAGAAGAGAUGCGCGCGUUGAGCAAGAAGUUUGGUAUGCUGCAUGGCAUUUCUUCGCUCCUGAACUUGGCUACAUAUGUUUCGGCUCUCGCCUAUGGAUUCACUCUUGGUUCUCGACUGCAAUCCAUUGUGGACAAGGUUUAA